AUGUGCCUCAAAGGCUGUAUUCGCCAGCACACCGAAGACGAAGCGUGGGAGGAUUACAUUACCAUGUGGAUGCCAGUUGUCAUCAGAUAUAUGGUAAGUGUGAAGAGGGAAGCGUUCAGUGUGCGUCGCACGUCAAAGUCCGGUCACCGGAAUAGACCCUUCGCUAUCGGUUUUAUACACUUUGUCUUGAUUUCACAGAGAAGUCAGAGAAAAAGACGCGCGAAAACGUACUCUCUCGCCCCAAAAAAUCCCCAUUUCUUCCCCGACUAAAAGCUUUUUCGCGUCUUUUUUUGGCAGAUUGCCAACCUAUUCACCGGUCCGUUUGAGCCUAUCUCAGUUUGACGUGCGUCGCUCAGGAAACUGGUCCAUUCGUGGCAAUUGCAUAUUCUUGUACUCGGCGCGUCAAAAAGUCCUGAUUCGACGGACUUUAUGGCGCGACUACCAGUAGACAUUUGCACUGUGCAUUUCGCUCCCUGCCGAUCCGCUUCAAAACAGUUUUGCACCGUACGAAAACAUGUCGACAGUUUUUGGCUCACCUCGGGUUUGCCUUUCCUCUCCAGCCAGCCUCUUUUUCAGACCAUCUCCAACGACUUUUAUCAUCAUUUUCUUUCCAUUCACAAGAUGCAAAAGAUAAAGAUAUAUUCCUCGUUCCUGUCCGUGUGGCCCGAAUACACGGACAGGGCGAUGCGGCAAAAAGUCACGAGCGGAAUUUAUCGUUUUCCGCGUUUGGAGUGCAUGCAGGCCUGGGUUUGGGUCGUGUUCUUGCCACACAUCGAGGAAGUUGAAUUGAGGCUCGACGAUGGGAUGGGCUGGGGAUUCGUCGCCUUCUUGACAAGGGUUCUAAAAGGUAAGUGCUCAUUUUUCGGUUGCUGUUAUUUGCAUCUAAUAAUGCAUCAUUUAAAUAUAUGUAUUAUACAUACUAUAAGUAUUUUCAUAAAGUGCAUGGACAUUUUUCGCGGCCGACACCAUGCACAAAAAACUAGUGCAAACGGCUUUUUUUGACAAGGAAACCACUUCUAUAGGGUAUCGAGUUACAGGUCGAGACAUAUAUCAAAAUAAUCGCAACAUUUUUCUGAUUCAGAGUAUGUAAAAAUUCGCUGCCUAAUUUUGGUUUGUAAGUGUAAAAAAAUCCUCUAAACUUUUCUCGCAACACCAUGGAAAUGCGCCUUUUUAAAAUUGCAACUACUAAUUAGGGUGUAGUAUAAAUUAAACUUGAUAUUUUAAGGCGUAUCAAGAUAACCAGAGUUUACUUUAGCUCAAAAACAAGCAUUUGAUUUGGUAAAAACUUGGUCAAAAAGGCAUUUGCGUGGUGUUGCGAGAAAAGUUCAGAGGAUUUUUUCACCCUUACAAACCAAAAUUUGUUUUAGAAUACCCUUUCAUGUCAUUCACCGUGACAGCGACCACAAACGGUCCGAUGGUAAGAGGCGCUUUGGAAGUGAUCAAAUUUAACAUCAAAUCUUUCGCCUGUAACGAGCCCGCUAUCUUGUCCAGCCUGGAUGGUAGUGCAUUUGAGCACAUACGAAUCUUUACAACUAGAUGUAAGUGUGCUCGGGAGAGUUGACACAGCAUUCUGUACUCAUGAGUAGCGACCAGAGAUUGCCACGGUCAAAAUUUCGACUCCGGCUCCUAGCUCCCACAGCAAGAGCCGAGGCCAAAUUUGCGGCUCCGGCUUCGGCUCCCGGCUCCGUGCAAAAUUUAAAAAGGUCUCCGGCUCCGAAUCCCGGCUCCUGUGCAAAAAAUUUUUUAAAAAAUAUUUUUCCAAAAAUAAAAGUUAUUAGUGCCAGAGAUCAUACAGCCAACGUUUUUGAGCCACGUCGUACGCAACACAUCCUCCCCUACAUGUUUCAACCAAUUUAGUUUAGCAAGAUCGCAAAAUUUUUACUCUUCUGAACGCUGAGAAGCCUGGCUCCGACUUUGGGCUCGGGAGCCGGAGCCGCCCCCAAAAUUUCCGGCUCCGGCUCUGGCUCCCGGCUCGGAGCCGGAGCCGGAUCUGGAGCCGUGCCAAUCUCUGGUAGCGACCCGCCUCUCUAUAUACACUCUUUUGCAUUUUAAAUUCGCUGACAAAUGACAAGUCUAUCUUUCAGACAUUUAUCCACUUUUCAAAUUAAACGUUGAGUCAGCAGCAAUGGAGAUGGACCCCUUCUCCCACGGCGGGUAUGUUGGAGUAUACAGUCGCGAUGCAUUGGAAACAAUUUCAGAUGGCCCGCGAAUCCCUCGAUCCGAACUUUAUGCUUAUGGUAUGAAAAGUUGAGAGCUCCGUACGAGUACGAUGACCAAUUCUUGGAGAUCCGACGGUGCUUUCCCAAUCUAUCGCGCAUAUCGAUAAAGUCUUUCGUUGAUUUUAGUUACGGAUCUAUGGUAUGCAAUAUUCUUACAGUAAGAGUCUUACUAGGGGUGGAGUGGCGACGAUCAAGUUUUCUCUAUUAGUCUGUCGGGAAAAUAAUGAGCACUCUGUCGCAUCGAAAAUCGCAUCGCCGCCGGGGAAAUGAAUUGUGUCGCGGCAAAAACCGACUUGCUUUUCACUUCAGCGACGCUAUCGGCGCAGCGACAUUGCCCUCAUUAUUUUCCCGACAAACUGAUAUCGAUUUUAUUUUUUGUAUACACGGUGGGCCUAGGCUUAGGCCACACAUUGAUCCCUAAAAUUUCUCGCUUUGCAGUGGCAGUAGCGAGAGAACGGAAAACGCGGAGAGAGGAAGCGACUUUUGGACAUACAGGCGUGUCUACACUUUCGGACCUCGUCGCAGAAACCCCGCUGCCCUCUCUGGUAGAAUUAGGCAUUCGAAUCAUCGCAAAGUUUGCCAAAAAGUGUCACAUUUUUUUCCGGCUUUCGACCUAAACAUCUCGGCCGUUUCUGCACAGCGCAAGCUAAAAGUUUUGCAUAUUGCUCAGAAAAAAGUAAAUUAUCAGUCUGUCGGGAAAAUAACGGCGGAUCGUCGCAGCAAAAUGUCUCGCCUCGCCUCUAUCGCGCACCAAAUCUUCAGCUUCGGCGGCCGUCGCAAAGCGAUGACGGGCGAUUCCGAGGCGCGACGAUCCGCCGUUAUUUUUCCGACAAACUGAUAGCUUUGUAUCAAGUUUCAACAAAAUUUAAGCGUCGCGCUUCAAACGUCCCCCUGUAUGCAGAUGCAUACAUAUACAUGAUGUACUUAUAACAAUUUUCAGGAAUUUAAAGGAGAUUUUUCGUCUCAACUUGAGAACCUGUUGCGCGUCGUCGAUCAGGCCUGCCGAGUCGCAAAUCUCCUCCUUACAUUGCUGCUUUAUUUACCUCUUCCAAAACAAGUGCGAAAAGUUCGACAGAUGUUGGGCAAAGCGCUCAAGUCAAAGGGAGCUCAACGGAUCGAGAACGGGCUCUACGUAUGGAAGGGUUCAACAAUCGAAGUGGUGGUCGGCAAAAAUAACGGCGUGUGGUAUCAUGAUUUUAACCAAUAA